AGCUCGCGAUAAGUCCUGAGCAAAUGAGAAAGACAGUGAUAUGAACAGCAGAUGACUUACAUUUUAUAUGUUUUUUCCACAAUCUGGGACUGUCUUACACGAAGUUAGCCAAGACAAUGAAGAAUGGCCUGCUACAGUGCUGCUCCUUUUUCGUGUUAUUAACUUCAACUCAAGUUGAGGUGUGGUCCUGACUAUACUUCAACUCAGAUGAGCCGUAGAAUGGCGGGUGAAUUACUGAAGUAUUUCCUGCUGCUUGAUUUGGUGAGAUUAAGUCAAGCAAACAUUGCAGCAGUGUGUGCUACAAGUGACAGUUACUGGGAAGUGGACGGGAAUAAACAGGAUAACACCUUCACCUGUACAGGGCUGUCAGCACAGCACACAGUGCAGUGGGACCACUGGGCGCCUGCUACAGGAGCGAGCUCCAGUCUUGGUGAAUGCAAGCCUCGUCUAUCAGCCGGAAGUCAGUAUGUUUGUGACCAACCAGUCAGCCCCCUUUUUCUACCGACCAGAACUUCUGAUGACACAAGUGUGAUGGUCGUUAAUGCUUUAGCCGUUACAAGUACUAGAUUAUUUGACAAUGGGCGACUGCGCUGCACGGCUGCUUAUGGAACAACACUGAAUGGAUCAGCGAACUGCCGCCUGGAUUACAUAAUUGCAGGUACCAAUAUAUCAUGCACAGUUCAGUUUAGGAAAGAUACCUGGAGUGUGUUUGGUCAGUGUAGCACGGAAAAAAUCUACUCAGCUCAAAACAGAUACCGGUGCGCAUGGAUCCAGAUUAAAGAGUCAAGAGAAGAAAUCCUUAUCGCCAACACAUCAAUGACAGUUAUGCCUAAGGUCAGUGGAUGGUGUAACAUGACCAGUUACCUGCCACCUGUCGGUCAGUACACUUACCGUGUGACUCUUGUUCCCGGUGAAGUGACAGUCAAUGCGAGUUUCGUCGGAAAUAACACAAUCCGUCUCCCUGGCAGUAAACCUUCCCACAACUGUCCACAAUACAUACCAGAAGGUGGGAAUCUCAGCUGCACAUGUUUUGCGAAUGACCUGGGCAGUCCUCCUGGUGAACUGCAGUGGAAUAGUACGAGAUCAUCACAACUGCGUUUUUCAGCUGUUCAGCCUGGAGAUACAGGCACUCACACCUGUCAGCUCCUGUGGAACAAUACAGUCGUGCAGUCCCUGGAGUAUAUCUUGACCGUGGCAUGUUAG